AUGACGACUCCCAGGAAUAAGGGAAGUGGAAUUCCAGCUCUGGCGAAACUCCAUUUCAUUGGGGCCGGCAGAGCACUUGGGUAUCAGUUAGAACUGGGAGAAGGGAGUAAGAGUGAUUCCCGCAAGGAGAGGAAAAACAUGCCAGAGUGCAUCUCUACCGAUGACAGAGAGUUUGAGUCGACUAGGAAGAAGAGGCGACGUACGGCAAGGCUGACGGGGGUCAGUAAGCUACGGAAAGCUGCAAACGCUCGGGAGAGGGCAAGAGUCAAGACGCUUAACGAACGAAUUGUACAACUCAAAGACAUACUACCGAUGUCGGAUAAGGCUGUCAAACCUACUAAGACAGACAUCAUAUGGAUGGCUGCGGAAUACAUUGCCGAUCUUCGAGAGAUGCUUCGCUCCGCUGAUACGCGUGUGGGACAAGAAGAAUAUUGGAGUAUCGAGAACAAUAGCAGCGCUGAAGAAUCAGCUCACUUAGGACCCUCCCUGGUGAGGUCAGUGAAUGUACUUUCCCCGGUAGGGUCAGUGGAAGGGCUUUCCGCAGUGCGGUCAGCUGAUGAAUUGUCCCCGAGUGAGUCAGCUGAAGAAUCAACGGCAGACCUCGAGUCGCUAAUGAAUAUUGAUAUCGAAGAUCUUAUAACACUAAGAGAGGACCAGUGGGUGUUGUUUGGUGAGCAGCAAUUCUACUGCUGUGAAAACUUUGGAAAUAUUUGCCCUAAUUAGUGACUGUACAAAACGAUAGGCAUUACAAACUGCACGCCGGACAUUCGCAGCUUCUCAUAAUUUCACCCAUUUAACACUAUUACCUAUUGCUUGAUGAAAAUAGUUCCAUCCAAGGACUGAUAUUUUCGUGUGACUUUAAAAUGUCUAUGUGUCAAUUUGACUUCAAGAGAUUUAGAUAGAAAAUUACAUAACCGGCUCAUGUUCAAAAUUAUGAAGUGGUGUACAAGGUUAGAUUCGUAAGAUUUUUUAGUCAUAAUGAUAGAUGAUGACACACCUAUUAUUUAUGUAUAUCGUUUCUGAAAUACUUUUUGACGAGUCUCCCGUACUUAAAACUCGAUAGUAUAAGACAAACCUUAUAGCGCUUCUGUUCAACCCAAACGCAGUUAAAUUGCAUGAAUAAAUAUGAGAUAGCGCAUUUCAAUUAUAAGUGUGCUGAUUUAUCUUAUCAUCUCCUGUGUGACAUAUUAAGAUCACCAUUUUAUGAUCUUAGGCCCUUCUCCCAUUGUGCUGCAAAAACGCCUAUUCACCUCUGCUCUGUGCUUCUAUCAUUAUCUCCUUUCCAGCUGAAACUUGUUAACAU